GCUCAAUUGGUUAUUUCUGUCUUAAAAUUCAAAAACACACUGCGCACACAUGUACUUUUGCAGAAGAACAAUUGUGGAGGAAAAAAAAGAGUUUACUGAUGUUAAUGCCAGUUCAAAUAUAGACCUAUAAACUUUAUGGGACACCAUCAUGGAAAACAAUCUCAUAUCUAAGUAGUGAUUUUACGACCCUUCAGUAAAAAGACAAUUGAAGAUAAAUAGCAUGCACACGUAGUUUGCUUUGAAUAGAGACCAUUGUCAAGAAAGCCUACAGCAGAUGCCUGCCACAUUGACAUGAAGAGGACUUAAUGGAACAAGAAACCAAAAUAAAUGUUUGGAGCUGUCUUAAAAGCCUCAUCAGUCCAUGGGUCCUUCAUCACUGAAAGCCAUGGAGGACCUCAACUCUGUGACUGUGGGCCCACUAAAACGUAGAGAGCGUCAGAGGAAACGGAUUCCUGAGAUUAUCAAGACCAAGUUGCAGAGAAACCUCUCUUGUUCAGGAACUAAAGUGAAGAAGACUCUAACAGGCUUCUUCCCUGUAGUGAAAUGGCUUCCGAAGUACAACGUGAAGGAAUAUUUAUGGGGAGAUCUGAUGUCUGGCCUCAUAAUUGGCAUCAUACUGAUCCCUCAAGCAAUUGCGUACUGCCUGCUGGCUGGCUUGGAACCCAUCUAUGGCUUGUACACAUCAUUUUUCGCAAACAUCAUUUACUUUCUCAUGGGAACGUCAAAACAUGUUUCAGUGGGCAUCUUUAGCCUCAUGAGUCUGAUGGUUGGACAAGUUGUAGACCGAGAGGUCUACCUUGCAGGCUUCGAUCUGAAUGAAGACAGUACGAAAAGCGCAUUUGGGUUAAAUAGCACUGGGGAAGCUAACACUACUCUGGUCAACUUGAAGAUCAUGGCACUGAAUAUGGAAUGUGGAAAGGAAUGCUACGCCAUUAGCAUUGCCACAGCUUUAACAUUUCUUGCUGGAGUCUACCAGGUGCUGAUGGCUGUUCUCAGGCUGGGGUUUGUCUCCAUUUAUCUGUCUGCUCCUAUGCUUGAUGGCUUUGCCACUGGGGCAUCUUGCACUAUCCUCACUGUCCAGGCAAAGUACCUGCUCGGCCUUAAGAUCCCUCGACACCAAGGCUACGGCACAGUGGUGGUCACAUGGAUCAACAUCUUCAAGAACAUCCACAAAACCAACUUCUGUGACUUAAUAACAAGUGCCAUUUGCAUCACAGUGCUGGUUGCAGGAAAAGAGAUCCAGGAUCGCUAUAAGGACCGUUUGAAGAUACCGCUGCCCACAGAACUGGUGGUAGUGGCAGUUGCCACAAUAGUUUCCCACUUUGCUGAUCUAAACGGACAGUUUAGCUCCAGUAUCUCAGGUGCCAUUCCAACCGGUUUCGUUCCGCCAAAGGUGCCCAGCUUUGAAUUGAUGCCCCGUGUAGCAUAUGAUGCCAUUCCAUUAGCUGUUAUAAGUUUUGCGUUUACCGUUUCGCUGUCCGAGAUGUUUGCUAAAAAGAAUGGUUACACGGUUAAGCCCAACCAAGAAAUGAUCGCAAUUGGGUUCUGCAAUAUAAUUCCAUCAUUCUUCCAUUCUUUCACGACAAGUGCGGCCCUUGCGAAAACUAUGGUGAAGGACUCAACAGGUUGCAAGACUCAGGUCUCCAGCAUAGUGAGUGCCUUAGUGGUUCUUCUGGUCCUUCUCUUCUUUGCACCAUUUUUCUACGCCCUACAGAAAUGUGUCCUCGCCUGCAUCAUCAUCGUCAGUCUGCGGGGCGCCCUGCGCAAAUUUCUAGACGUGCCUAAGCAAUGGCGUGAAAGCAAGAUUGAGGCAAUUGUCUGGUUCAUGACCAUGAGCUCAACUGCUUUAAUUAGCGUAGAGCUUGGAUUGGCGAUCGGGGUGGUCUUCUCUUUGAUCUGCGUGGUGGCCCAGACUCAGAAUCCUAAGGUUUCGUUACUGGGACAAAUUGAACAAACCAACGACUUUGAAGACAUGGAAGAGUAUGAUAAUCUUUCACCUGUUCCAAAAGUAAAAAUCUUUCGUUUUCAGUCGCCUCUGUUUUACGCCAACAAAGACUUCUUUUUAAAAUCUUUAUAUAAAGCAACUGAUCUUGAGCCAUUCCUUGAAAUAACCCGCAGAAGAAAACUGGAGAAAAAAGCUAGAGAAAAGGCAGCGAAGAAGGCAGUAGAUGAAACAAAUGGAGAUGUAAGUGUAAACUUGAUUUCAAAAAACAUAGAUUUUCAUACCAUCAUCUUAGAUUGCUCCUGCAUCUCCAUAAUAGACACAGCAGGAGUGAGCACCUUCAAAAUGGUUUUAAAAGACUAUAAAGAAGUUGGCGUGAAUGUAAUUCUGGCUUGCUGCAACACACCAGUAAUAGAUGCUUUAAGGAGAGGCUCUUUCUUUGGGGCUGCUGACAAAAACAUGGAACAACUGUCAUUUCAUACCAUACACAGUGCUGUUUGUUUUGCUACUCGUACGACUCAACUGGUUAAUGACUCAUCUGUGUGAUGUGUCCACAAAUGGGCCUCAAGAGCUGAAAAACAUAUUCUCUGUUAAAACAUGAAAUAUGAUAUUCAGCUCUUAGAAAAUAAUGAAUGCUGAAUAUGUUUAUGAAAUCAACAUGAUGGCAUAAAAAAAUCGACUCCUGUUUGAAAACUGACUGUGAAUAUUUUGAAUAUUCUGCUACUGUACAAACUCAGGGGUUAUUAUUACACACACUGGAAUUAUGCCUCAUAUUAAGUUUUUUUUAUUUACUAAAAAGAAACUCUAACAAAUAAUAUCAAUGUUUUGUGAUAUUACUGACACAUUAAUUUAAUAUUUAAUGCCCUUUUAAAUGUGAAAUAUACAAUAAGACAGAUAAUUUUGUGUGUGAAUGUGAUUGGUGCAAAACUUGCCAUUAAUAAAAGUCAAAUAAAACAGGACAAUGAUAAGACAAUUCAGAUCUGUGAUUUUGAGCUGCCUGUUAUACUGCCUUUAAAAUGUGAAAAUGUUUUUAUAGUGUUCUUGAGGAAAUAAAAGUAAAGUACGAAUUUUGCCUGGAGAUGUGAUUAUAUUUUAAACCAGUGUCAAUAACUACUAUUUGUAUUACUCUUAGAUUCCAUUUGGAUACAUUUGUUGCCUCAAGGUUCAUGCAUAUUUUAUAGCCUAUUCAUGAUACUGUAUAACACACCAUAUUCAUGUUUUACACACUUGGUUGUGAUGAUUACAUUGCAAAAACAUCUUAAUUUGAGUUCUUUUCUAAUAAAUUUUGAUUGAUACACUA